UUUAUUUAUUUCUUAUUAUAAAGUUCUGUAUUUAUUUCCGAUUCUAAAGCUUGUGUAACACCGCAAUGAGAAAGUUCUAUAUUCUCUGACAAUAACGUGUCGAGUGCAAGUUUUUGCGAAGUUUCGCCUGUGUUUUGUUGCUUCGCUCCAAUUUUUUAACAAAAUACUCACCAAUGAAGAUACUCUGACUGGCAUUGAGGAGAUGGCGGGCGGCGUGCUGUGGUCGCGGCGGCUCGCGGCGCGCCUGCGCGCGCUGCGCGGGCUCGUGCGCGACACGCGCCGCUCGCUGCGUGACGUCGCCGACGCACUGGAGCUGGAUAUAAGGGAUGUCUCCAGCCGCGUGGAGGAAAUAGGGGAAGCAUCAGGCCGCCCUGCAGCUAUAGUGGUGUUGGGGACUAGUGCUGCCGCGCGGGCGCGCCUGCUGCACUGUCUCCUCGGACGUCGCCUACUGCCGGAGCCAGCGCCGGCUCACUGCCGCUGGCUCAGGAUACAAUAUGGCAGCAGCACCCAAGUGCACCUCACUCUUGGUAAUUCAGAGUUCGAGCUGGUCGAAGAUUUGGAGUGCAACAAGGCACCCUGGGACACUUUGCCACUUAAAGAUCUCAUCCGCCAAAACUCAACAGACUUCUCAACCGUAUUAGAAGUCGAACUGAACAUUCCCAUACUAAAAGACGGUCUCCGCAUCAUCGUGCCACCAGACAUAGCUGCCGACCAGACCACCCUACCCAAACUAAAGCAAAAAUACUUGGAACUGUACGAAAAACGCGAUGUGAUACUAAAACUGUUCAACCCCAUAUACUUAUACGCGAUAGAUAGGAUAGGUAAAAACGUGUUUAGUGAUGACAUAUCGAGUGAUAACGUUGUGUGCUCUAGGAGUGAGGAGGACUUUUGGACUAUGUUCAAUAUGUAUCAGUCGCAUAAUAGUGAGACCGAGGAAAAGGAAUGUGUUGUUGAGAGAGUUAGGAAGUGGAAAGCUAGAGAUGGUGAUGAUUUCGUGCUUACGGCGGAGAAUUGCCUGGACCUCCACCAAAUAAAAGAAAUCAACCCAAACGCGCAAGUUCUCUUCGCAUUAUUCGCGGACAGCCAAGCCGGGGAACGAGUGGAUCUCUGGUACGAUGCCACGGAAUCUACGGAAGAGCCGUGCUGUUUAGGUGAUCUUCCGGAAUCGGACCAGGAAUUGGUGGAAGGAAUUAGGAGAAACUCAGAUGAUUCCCCAAUAAACAAAAGACUGACAGUAAGAUAUAGCGAAGAAAGACUGGAAAGACUGAGCGAGGAACGAGUGGCCUUCAUGAACGAAUUGUUAGAUCAGUGGGAACUUAUGUUUCACCCGCCCCCAAAACACCAAACGAAAAGUCAAUGGUUAAUAGUAGACGAUGUCGAAAUACUACGUACCGUCGACAGCAAAACAACAGAGCGACAGGAGAGCGACAGAGUCGUAAACACAAGAACUGCUUUAAUCAACAGUGUAGUGGCCUUCGGUAGUGAUUGUCUCCAGGAUUAUUUGCUUGAGAACAGUACUAAACUUAGUGAGAUCCACGUGAAGUUAGUGCAGCAACUGAUAUUAUCGUCAUUCGAAUUAGCGCGCGAGUUGCAAGUUGUUCCCAAGAAGAUACAGUAUGUCGCCGUACAGGAGAAACAGCUUUUUGAGACUAUAUACCAGAAUUUCUCCGAAGGUGAUAAAAAGAGUGCUCUAGUCGAGAUGAUGCAAGAGGUCUUACAAGAAUUGAAGGAUGAAGUUAACAAUAUGGACUGGAGUAUAGAUGAACUGCCAUGUCACCUAGAUACCCGCUAUCUAAUGACCAGUAUGUCCAACUCGACCCUUCUCAGCCAGUCCGUCCGACCGUCCGGGUCGGAUUCCACAUCGGACGGUGAAGAGGCAGUGUCUUAUGACAGUUGCAGCUUCGAUGAUUAUGAUAUUAUACACAGCAAUAGCAGCUUAGGACUAAGCGUAUUUAGUAAAGACUCCGCCCAGUCACCAGCCGAACGUAUACCGAUCGCUAACGAAUCAGAAUUAUUUUCGUUACAAUUCAGCAGCACAUCACAAUGUACUACAGGAGACUCAAUAUCUGUCAAACAGGCCUCGUUGGACGUGCAACGGACUGUUCUAUCUAAGCUGAGUCGCAAAAUAAGCCUGAAGCUGGUUCCUUUCGUCGACUGUUUGAAGCAGACGUAUUUCGGUACACUCCAGAGAUGUCUAGACGCCCUAGAAUCGACCUGCAGACAAGAGCUAGGCGGCAGACCAGCCAGCGAAGCGAUGAGAGAACUCCUCUCAGUGACUCGUCAGGUGGACUUACAGCCUUGUGCCUCUUUCUCCACGCUCAGAACGCUGCUAGAGGCUGCUAGAAGACUGUUUCAUAAAUUACGGAUCGUCGGCGGUGAUGAUGACGGACCCUGUUGCGUCAUCAGUCCAGUAUGGCGACGGCAAACGGCUCUCAGCUGUCAACAAUCACUGAGCGCUACCAAACUUGCCCGCCUUAUCGCUACACAGAUCUUAGAACGCCUCAGCGUAGCCCACGAGCGUUACCAAGCAGCCCUCACCUCACUAGAAUCGGCUCUAGCCAGUCGGCUACACCACACUGAAGACGUCAAACUCGCCAUUAGGAAGAAAUACGCCCCCACCUUCGCUCGGUUGUGCUUGGAAAGUACCUCCGUGUGUGAUCUGCUGAUGUAUGGAACGCCAGAACUGGGAAGAGAAAUAGGGCGCGGACAAUAUGGCGUAGUGUACGCAGCACGGGGGGCGUGGGGAAAACAUGAACCUGUUGCUGUUAAAUCUGUGUUACCAGCUGAUGAGAGGCAUUACAGAGAACUGGCUAUGGAAUUUUUCUACACCAGGUGA